ACCAUGACUGCCACCCUGCGCCCCUAUCUCAAUGCAGUACGUGCUACCUUGCAGGCUGCCCUGUGCCUGGAGAACUUCUCAUCCCAGGUGGUGGAGCGGCACAACAAGCCUGAGGUGGAAGUCAGAAGCAGCAAGGAACUCUUGUUGCAGCCUGUGAUCAUCAGCCGAAAUGAGAAAGAGAAAGUCCUGAUCGAGGGGUCCAUCAACUCUGUGCGAGUCAGCAUUGCGGUGAAGCAGGCGGAUGAAAUUGAGAAGAUCCUGUGUCACAAGUUCAUGCGCUUCAUGAUGAUGAGAGCAGAGAACUUCUUCAUUUUACGUCGGAAACCUGUUGAGGGCUAUGACAUCAGCUUCCUGAUCACAAACUUCCAUACAGAACAGAUGUACAAGCACAAGCUGGUGGACUUUGUCAUUCACUUCAUGGAAGAAAUUGACAAGGAAAUCAGCGAGAUGAAGCUGUCUGUCAAUGCCAGGGCUCGCAUUGUGGCUGAGGAGUUCCUCAAGAAUUUCUAGACCACGGGGCUGGAAUCCACAGCUUUGCUUCCUCGUUCUCUCUGCACGGCCACCUCGCUGGGGCUACAGAGAGGGCCGCAACUCGGGAGUGAGACGAGAAGCCGCCAGACCUGCGGGGGCUGUCCCAGCUAAAUGUACACCAUACUCGCCAGCGUGCCCAGGGAUGGGAGGGUGCUUUUUAAUAUUUUUGGAACAAAAAACUGUGCUUGUUU